AGCAGCCGGCCGCUGGCCCAACGCGGGGUGCCCAGAGACGGCGCUGUGGCUGCUGAUUCAUCGCCCCGAGCGCCUUGGAGACCGCGGCCAGGGCAUCCAGCUGCCUCUAGACCCCAGCCGCUGGUGCGGGAGCCCGGCAGGCAGGAGGUGAGGACCCGUCCCUUCUUUGGCCCCUAAACGCCUUAGGGCGGUGGCCACAGGACACAGAGAGGCGUGCCCCCCGCACCCUCCCACCGCAGAUGAAGGCAGCAUGCCCGCGUGAUGCCCCUGCCUCCCGUGUCAGCGGCGCCGAUCUUGCCGGCCCCUCUGCGCCCGUCUCCAGAGCUUUGGGUGUCCUCCCCACCACGUCCCGAGCGGCUCGGGCCUCUGUCGCCGCGAUGGAGGAGGAGCUGAAGUGCCCGGUGUGCGGCUCCCUGUUCCGCGAGCCCAUCAUCCUGCCCUGUUCGCACAAUGUCUGCCUGCCGUGCGCCCGCACCAUCGCCGUGCAGACCCCGGACGGCGAGCAGCACCUGCCCCCGCCGCUCCUGCUUUCUCGGGGCGCAGCCGCCGCCGCCGCCGCGCCCCCUCCGGAUCAGGACGCGCUCGCCGGCGGGGCCUGCGGCGGCGCGGGCGCCAGCACGGCAGCGGGCCUGGGCGGCGGGGCGGCAGGUGCAGGAGACCACGCGGACAAACUGAGCUUGUACAGCGAGACGGACAGCGGCUAUGGCUCCUACACCCCCAGCCUCAAGUCUCCCAACGGGGUCCGCGUGCUGCCCAUGGUGCCGGCGCCCCCAGGCUCCUCGGCCGCUGCGGCCCGGGGAGCCGCCUGCUCCUCGCUCUGUUCCUCCUCCAGCUCCAUCACGUGCCCACAGUGCCACCGCAGCGCCUCCCUGGACCACCGCGGCCUGCGCGGCUUUCAGCGCAACCGGCUGCUGGAAGGCAUCGUGCAGAGAUACCAGCAGGGCCGCGGGGCCGUGCCUGGGGCGUCUGCGGCCCCGGCCGUGGCCAUCUGCCAGCUGUGCGACCGCACCCCGCCCGAGCCCGCAGCCACGCUCUGCGAGCAGUGCGACGUGCUCUACUGCGCCGCCUGCCGGCUCAAGUGCCACCCGUCCCGGGGCCCCUUUGCGAAGCAUCGCCUGGUGCCGCCGCCGCCGCCUCCCGCGCCUCCCGAGGCUGCUCCAGCUGCGGCCAGCGCGGCCCCUGCUCCCGGCGCCAGCGGCUGUAAGAGCCCCGGGGGCGCAGGGGCCGGUGGGGCGCGGAAGUUCCCCACGUGCCCGGAGCACGACGUGGAGAACUACAGCAUGUACUGCGCGAGCUGCCGGAGCCCGGUGUGCUACCUGUGCCUGGAGGAAGGCCGGCACGGCAAGCACGAGGUGAAGCCGCUGGCGGCCACGUGGAGGCAGCACAAGGCCCAGCUGUCUCAGGCCCUAAACGGAGUCUCAGACAAGGCCAAAGAGGCAAAGGAGUUCCUGGUUCAGCUCAAGAACAUUCUGCAGCAGAUCCAGGAAAAUGGACUGGACUACGAAGCCUGCCUGGUGGCUCAGUGUGAUGCCCUGGUUGACGCGCUGACUCGACAGAAGGCCAAACUACUUACCAAGGUGACCAAAGAGAGGGAGCACAAACUGAAGAUGGUUUGGGACCAGAUCAAUCACUGCACACUGAAGCUGCGCCAGUCCACGGGGCUGAUGGAGUACUGCCUGGAGGUGAUCAAAGAAGACGACCCCUCCGGGUUCCUGCAGAUCUCCGACGCCCUGAUCAAGCGCGUGCAGGUGUCUCAGGAGCAGUGGGUCAAGGGUGCCCUGGAGCCAAAAGUGUCUGCGGAGUUUGACCUGACCCUGGACAGCGAGCCACUGCUGCAGGCUAUUCACCAGCUGGAUUUCGUCCAGAUGAAAUGUAGGGUGCCACCCGUACCCCUGUUGCAACUGGAGAAGUGUUGCACCCGAAACAACAGUGUCACCCUGGCAUGGAGGACGCCACCUUUCACCCACAGCCCUGCGGAUGGCUACAUCCUGGAGCUGGAUGACGGCGAUGGGGGGCAGUUCCGGGAAGUGUAUGUGGGCAAGGAGACCCUGUGUACCAUCGACGGGCUUCACUUCAACAGUACCUACAAUGCCAGGGUCAAAGCCUUCAACUCCUCUGGCGUUGGGCCGUACAGCAAGACCGUCGUCCUGCAGACGUCAGAUGUGGCCUGGUUCACAUUUGAUCCCAACUCUGGGCACCGAGACAUCAUCUUGUCCAAUGACAACCAGACAGCUACCUGCAGCAGCUAUGACGACAGGGUGGUGCUGGGCACUGCGGCCUUCUCCAAGGGGGUGCAUUACUGGGAGCUGCAUGUGGACCGCUAUGACAACCACCCAGACCCGGCCUUCGGGGUGGCCAGGGCCAGCGUGGUCAAAGACAUGAUGCUGGGCAAGGACGACAAGGCCUGGGCCAUGUACGUGGACAACAACCGCAGCUGGUUCAUGCACUGCAACUCCCACACUAACAGGACGGAAGGCGGCGUGUGCAAGGGGGCCACCGUCGGAGUGCUGCUGGACCUCAACAAGCACACCCUGACCUUUUUCAUCAACGGGCAGCAGCAGGGCCCCACGGCCUUCAGCCACGUCGAUGGGGUCUUCAUGCCCGCCCUCAGCCUCAACCGCAACGUGCAGGUCACCCUGCACACAGGACUGGAGGUGCCAACACACCUGGGGCGGCCAAAGCUGUCAGGCAACUAGCCUGGCAGCUCCCACUGCCCAGCUGGCCGCGACCAAGUCACAAGCAGGGCUGGGCUGCCCUCACUGGACACAAGGGCAAGACAGCAAGUCCUGGGUUCAUCCCAGCAGCUACUGAGUGUCUGAAGAUGGUUUCUUUGGGGGAUGGGGAAUGCGUCCACAUGCCGCACAGGCCACGUUAUGGCUACCACAGUCAGUGGUGGCCGCGGGUGUCACUUUCAUUCCACCCACAUUCCACGAACUCACCCCAGGACUUACCCAAGGGGCUCUUGGGAAGGCCUUGGAUGCAUGCAUGUUUUUUGUUUGUAAAGCAUCUGUUUGUAAAGCUUGUUUUUUUCUUUUUCAAAUAAUUUUUUGGAGGGAGAGAGAAAGGGAGACUUGGAGCCUGGCGUUCCAGGAAGGGGGAGUCAAGCAGCUGCCAAGUCAACCCAUGCCCUCAUGUCACCUCUGCUGGGCACCACUUCUCGGGUCAAGCAGCAGCUUGUCAUCUCUGCUGGGAGUUGCCCCUGAGUACUUGACCCUAGAAUCUUCAAUAUGUGAUACACCAUUUGCAUACUAGGUUGGGACGAAUGGAAAAGGACAUUAACCACUAACGCUUGAUUUUUGCUUCUCAUUGAACUGCAGAGACCUUCAAAAAGGGUGACUUGGGGCCUUUAUUAAUCAGCCAGUUAUAUAGUGUCUCUCUUUCUCUCUCUCUCUCUCACACACACAUGCACACUUGCACACACACAUGCACACUUGUGCAUGUGCACACACACACAGGUGUGUGCAACCAUCUUGCUAUAUUUUGCUCAUCCAGGUCUUAGACAUGAUGGAAACACUGGAAUUUAAGACAGUGACAUGUUUGCGUGACAAUGGCUUUUUCUGAAACUGGCUUCUUCAGAGGUCAACAGAAAUGCGUCAACACUUCUUUUCUGGGCUACGCCUCACUCGUGAGCGCAAGCGUGCGCUGCGCACCCUGGGGAAGCCUCUCAGCUCAUCAGUCCCUCUGUUUCAAGACCCAUCGACUGACGUUAUGGAAGCAGCACGGGCCUGAGAGGUGGCCUGGUGGCAGGCAGGGGCGGCUCUGCCUCAACGUCAGGCGGGACCCUGGAAGAAGGCUGGAACUAGAGGGCAACACCCUACGCCUUGUUUCUUCCCAUGUGAGUCGGGGUCUCUUGGGGUGCUGGGAGAGCCCGUCCCCUUCCUGCGAACACUGACCUUGCUCUUAAGGACCACAUGUAGUCACCCUGUCUCCCAGUCCCACAGCUACUGUGCUGCCCCUUCGCCCUCCUAUCUCCUGCUGUCUCCAGCUGCACCUGAUAGUCACCGGCGCGCUCUCUCCUUCGGAAAGCCUCUAUAUUAUCAGGCGUUUCAUUCGACAAGGAGGAGCAACUUGUCCACUUGCUGUCUGACUCACCCACACACCAGUGCCAACUGUGCUUCCUCGGCUGCCUCUGUGCCCAAGCCCUGCACCCGCUGCCCAAGCGCCCACCACUGGGCUGUGCAGACCCACCAGACCUACCUCAGAGCUCCUGCCCGUGGCUCGUGGCCCACAUCUCCACAGAUGUGGCUGGCAAGACCAUCUGCCUGGUGUCACCAGGAGCUGCUUGGUGCUAUGUCCAGUCUCCACGCUGGGCCCUGGAGCCAUCGGCUUUGUGCAGGUUCAGCUAUGGCCAGCUGGCCUCUCUUCCUCCUGUUCCUGCCCCACGGUCCCAUCCAGAGCCCCCGGAGCAACACACGGACUUGAGUUGACGUGGCCUCAGCUGCCUGGCUGCCCCUGCUGCCUUUCCUAAGCUUUGGCUCUAGCCAUAGUUCUGGCUCCAGGAGGCCCAGGCUAGGAGCAAGGAGCAGAUUCUCAGAUUGGGGACACCAAGGAUCCACUGCCCUCCCAAGCUCAGGAAGCUGAGUGCAGCCAUGAGCAUUGGGUUAGGUGCUUGGCUUUCUUCUGGAAGAGUCCAGCAGCCUUGGAAUGAGAGUAAGGCAGGGAAGUCUAUCCAGAGGGAGUCCUGCAGCCCCCACAGCCUGGAUCACCCGGGCCGUCCUCAGUCUGUGGGUGGCUAAUUGCCUACUUGGGGAGCAGGAGUCACUAGGCGAUAACUGGGCCUUGGGGAGAUAUGGAAAUGCCCACACUUUGAAGUGGUUCUUUGUUGGUUUUGUUUUGAACAAGGUAAGAUCCCACUGUAGCACAAGCCGUCCUAGAAUUCACUAGGCUGGCCUGGAACUCGUGGCAAUUCUCCUGUCUCAGCCUCCUGAGUGCUGGGACCAAAGGCAUGCACACCACACCCAGCAGUUCUUCUGUUUUGUAAUUUUUAUUUAUUUCUUUAUGUUUUAUGUUUUUGCAGUGCUAGGGAAUCCCACCCAUGUCCUUGGCCUUGCAUAUGAUAGGCAAGUGUUCUACCACUGAACUGCCCUGUAGCCCACCAGGUGGCUUCUGGGGGUUUUUUGUUUGUUUGUUUUUGUUUGAGACAGGGACUCAUUGUAGCCCAGGCUGGCCUGGAACUUACUAUGUAGCUCAGGCUGGCCUUGAACUCACAGCAAUCCUCCUGCCUCAGCCUCCCAAGCGCAGGGGUGAAGCCUUGCACCCAGCUCAGGGAGCCUCUCGAAGGUUUUCUGAUGCUGGGGGAGAAGCCGGCUCCACCCCAGCAGCACGAAGGAGGCUGGCUGGAGCUCAGAAGCAAUACACUGAUGACUGAUGCCAGGGACAGCACAGGCCGCCCUGCAGAGCCAUCUGCCCUGCCUUCCACCCAGAGCACACGUCCGGGACAAGAAUGCACCGAGGGGAGGAGCGCCAGACCAUGUGCCAUCCCACCCACAGGGGAUCGCGAAGGAUCAGAGCGGCGAAGGAACACCUCAUGGCGGGAAGGCUCGGGACACCGCGGGUCGUGGAGGCCCUGCCUCUUGGCACUGCGGUGACGUUCGUGCUUAAAUGACAUCAACGUGAUGCUGUGGUUGGGCCGCAAAGGAAGAGCUCUGUGUAAGUGUGUCAAGCAUCCGUAAGAAAGGAAUUCAGUAUCUUCUGUGAUGUCAGGAUCCCUUGUGUUUGGAGUGUGCUCUGGAACAUAACUGCAGUCUGUCCUGUCCAAUUAGCCAAGCUGGCCGCAGUACGCUGCUCCCUUCUAAAUCUCCUGUACGAGCAUCCACUAGUACCCGUCACAAAGCCAGCGCCCCAGCCCCUCCCUCGUGACAGGGGACAGCACUCACGGCUAGGGUGUCUCCUCCUCCCGUGUCCUCCCUGCAACAUGGCCGCAGUUUUAGGAGGACGGGUACCUGGCCCAGAUACUGUGACAUUGCACGUGGUUCAGCGCACUUCUUUAGUCCCGUGUGUGCUCUGUGGUUCCAAAAAUGCCCUUAGCUGCUCCAAGGCCGCCAAGGCUCCAGAGCUGCAUGCAGAUGCCAGGGCUCCUGAGCCUGGGAACACUGGGGGAGCUCCUGUGAGAGAUGGCGGUGGGCCACCCAUUCCUCAGCCCUUUAUCCUGUCCACGGUGUCCUGCCCCAUCCAGAGCCCUCUCAGGUCAGGAGCAGCGUGUGGUCUGCAUGUGCGCUUCCUCCAGGGACAUUAGCAUCUCUGCCUUAAUUCUAACCGCGAGUCAAAGGCUUGGUCUGCAUGUGGAGGUGCCAUACAGUGCCAGUGGCAGGGGCUCGCCCAUCACAAGGCUGUGGCCAGCUGUCCGCAGCUAAGAGGUGGGCAAGGCGGAUUAAAGUCCUCUGUGGAGCACACUCCCAGCACUGCAGGGUGGCUAGUCAGCGCUUCUCACCUCUCCUGUGGUUUGGGAAGUGGCCUGUUCCGCUAGAGGGCACGUCGUAGUAUUCCCGGCCUGCCACUAGAUGCCAAUAGCAUCCUAGCUAGUGUAACAACCCCAAAUAUUUAGAGAUAUUCAGAUGGCCCCCAGGGACUGCCCUGGUUGAGGACCUUUAGGAUUUUUUUUUUUUUUUUUUUUUUUUUUUUUUUGGUAUUUCAAGGUAGGGUCUCACUCUGGCCCAGGCUGACCUAGAAUUUAUUAUGUAAUCUCAGGGUGGCCUCAAACUCAUGGCGAUCCUCCUACCCCUGCCUCCUGAGUGCCUGGAUUAAAGGCAUGCCCCACCAUGCCUGGCUAUCGCUAUUGGUUUUUAUAGUGAGAGUGACACCCACUCCUGUGUCACCCAGAAAGCUUGUCACAAAGCCACCGGUGCUGUGUUAGUCCAAGACAAGGACUAUCCACAGGGCUCUAGCAGGGCAGGUAGUGGGAAAGGGGACUCGCAUUCCUGCUGGCUGACGAUGCUUGACCAGCCCCUGCUUCCGUUCCUGGCAAGCAAUGCCCCUCACCUUCCUUAGCCAUGCCCACAGUUUACUGGAAGCUGUAGCAAGGAUUUCUUGAUGGAUGUGUGGCCUUGGAUGGUUAAAGAAAUUUGAGGUUGUUAGAAGAUAUCUGGAGUCCAUGCUGGGAACACUGAGGACUUCUCCAAGUGAGCUGGUAGCUGUUUUCAUCGGUAGCCUCGUAUGGGGUCCUGGCAGCUUAGGUAGAAGUGUUGUAAGAGUGGAACUAGGUCCGAUAUCCAUACCGCAUUGAGAAAUGCUAGGCUCGCUGCUGCCUUCUUUUAAUCCUGGCACUGGGCAGAUGGAGGUGGCCAGCUCCCCAGGGCUCUCUGGCUAGCCAGCUCAGCAACCUGCGGGAUGAGCUCCAGGCCAAGGAGGGACCCUGCUUCAAAAAAGUUGGAUGGCACCUCAUGAAUGACACCCAAGCUUGUCCUGUAUGUGGACGUGUACCUACACACACACACACACACACACACACACACACACGUAUAGAGUGGGCUUGGAGCAGGACGCAAGGAUCAGACAAUAGGUUUGCCCUUGAGACUUCUCUCAACUUCGCUUUGAUACUGGCCCUUGCCAUGCAUGGGCACACAUCGAAUUCUGGGCCUCAGUAUUACCACUGGCAGACAGGUCAUAUGAACCCACCUCCUCAACUCUAUGGUGGGAAUUGAGGACUGUGGAAUAGUCACAUCCAAUGGAUGAAACCCCGAGGGAUUUUCCUGCAUCCUCUGCCUAUGGUGUCUUCCAUCCAAGCCUGAGUUGUGACCAGACAAAUAUUUAUUCCACAGCUGCUGGCCUUGUGAGCAAAAGAACAAUUUUAGACAGGUUUCACAUAACUACAACCACCAUGUCCUUUUCUUGGACAGCCCAGGUGAGUGGCAUUACUUCCAGUGACCUGAACAGGUCGCCUGCUGACAGCCUCCUCCCCCGCCCCGCCCCCAGUGCUAAGAGCCUGCAGGGUCUCUGCAGUGCAGCAAAGGAUGCUCACUUGGCCCGUGGCCUCCUGCCACCUCCAUCCUGGUCUCCAGGGGCUCUUCUCCUCAUGGCCUUUCCCAGACAGUGGGAGUGUCUUUGGCAUGAGCAUGAUGCAAGACCAAUGAGCUGGGACUCAAAAGCUGGUCAGGCUAAGAGGGAAAAAGGUUGCUUUCAGACCACAGCUAAGGCUUCUCGGCACAGGUCGUGAAGCGGGAGGUGCAGCGUGGUCUUGGCUUUCUGUGAAUGAUGCUGACUUCAGCAGGAGGAGCUGUGCGGUGACUCCCGGGGCUGUGGUUCCCAGCUGCCAGCCGGGUCCUGGACAAGGCCCCUGAGUUUUGGGGACAAGCAGGGUGGCACUGGGCACCAAGCUUUUGGACAAGGCUCUGAGCAGAGACUUAAGCAGCAGGCGUUGGGGUGAAGGGCGGCCACGGAGACAAGGGCGUGACUGCUUGUGCUUCGUGACAGCCCUUGCCCCUGGAGACUGGCCUCCCCGCCCCCACCCCCUUUCUCAGUGCUGGGAGGGAAGUGGGGCCCAGGCAAAACAGACAAUGUGAAUGCAUGAUGUAGAAUUUCUGCUUUCGCACUAUACUGUGUAUUAAGCAUGAAAGGUGUUUGUGUAACGUUGGCAAAGGAAUUUAACAAGAGGCAAAAAGCCGUGUAACCCUUGUUUUGGCCCGUUUCCCCACCUUUCUUUGCCCUCCCUUCCGCACCCAUCCUGUCCUUAGUGGUUGGUAUUUGGUGGCAGCUCUUGGUCCUGUGGCUGUUACAUUUCAUUGAAAACAUGGAGGGGUGGGCAAUGGGAAGGAAAGUAAUUUUUUCUAAUUUUUGUAUUGGUAUCCACAAGCGUUUGUAUUUUUUGAAUUGCAAACACUGUGUUUUUUGGUCUUUGGGGGUUGGUUGAACUUUCUGUAUUAUUACCUUUUGAAAAACUUGAGUUUUACCACAUUCUUAAGCAGAUUUGAAAUAAAUUCUUUUGACACUGCCA